AUGUUGGCUUCAAUGGUAAAAGAACAUCAGACGAAACAGAUAUUAAAAAAAGAACUUCAAGAGGUGAAACGAAAAGAAGCCUGUACGGCAGCGAAUGAUCUAACCCAGGCUUUAGUGGACCAUCUCAAUGUUGGUGUUGCCCAAGCAUACUUAAAUCAAAAGAAACUAGAUGCAGAAGCCAAACAACUACAUAUUAGCGCAACCAACUUUUCAAAGCAAACCCAACAAUGGCUAAAUUUAGUGGAACAGUUCAGUAGUGCAUUAAAAGAGUUAGGUGAUGUUGAAAAUUGGGCAAAAGCUAUCGAAGGAGAUGUUCGCACCAUAACAACUGCUUUAGAGAUAGUUUAUCAGGGAUCGCAGGAGAACAGUCAAUAA